GCCAAUAGUCGGUCACACUUCGUCUGGUCGUCGUGUACAAAAAUCAAUUACUAUUACUGCUGAAACUGGCUACGAAAAGCGCUACCGCGAGUAAACAAAACGCCAGUUAAACACAAUUAGCAAUAGAAGUUUAAAUUAACGGAGCAAUACAUUUGGGAAAAUGCAGAUCAAAGAAUUCCGCGUGACUUUGCCAUUAACCGUGGAAGAGUAUCAAAUAGCACAAUUAUUCACGGUUGCGGAGGCGUCAAAGGAGAACACGGGAGGCGGCGAGGGCAUUGAGGUAUUAAAAAACGAGCCUUUUGAAAAUUUUCCAUUAUUGGGCGGCAAAUAUAAUUCCGGUCAGUAUACAUAUAAGAUCUACCAUUUGCAAUCAAAAGUUCCAGCGUUCAUAAGACUAUUGGCGCCAAAAGGCUCAUUGGAGAUUCACGAAGAGGCAUGGAAUGCUUAUCCCUAUUGUCGAACGGUUAUUACGAAUCCUCGCUUUAUGAAUCACAACUUUUUUGUAUAUGUUGAUUCAUUACAUUUUUCCGGCGAUUGUGGCGAAAGUAAUAAUGUGCACGAACUCCCCCCAGAAAAGCUGAAGCUCCGCGAGGUGGUUUACAUUGACAUUGCCAAUGAUUCGGUUCUGCCUGCGGACUACAAGCCCGAAGAGGAUCCAACGACCUACAAGUCAAAAAAAACUGGACGUGGUCCUCUCUUGGGACCUGAUUGGAAGAAACGCGUUGAUCCAGUCAUGACCUGCUACAAGCUAGUGACAUGCGAAUUUAAAUGGUUUGGCCUGCAGACAAGAGUUGAGAAUUUCAUACAGAAGUCGGAGCGACGUCUCUUCACAAACUUCCAUCGUCAAGUGUUUUGUUCAACUGAUCGCUGGUACGGUCUAACAAUGGACGAUAUACGUGCGAUUGAGGAUGAGGUUAAGGAGGAGCUGGAUAAGGCGCGCCAGACGGGCACGGUCAGGGGCAUGCGUGCAGAUGGUGAUUAAAUAUAGUAGAAAAUGUUUAGAUAUGUACUUGUAAAAACACAAAACAACAC